ACAGCCGGCGCGCGCUGCCGUGAGGCGGGAUUGUGGAAAUGAUGCCGGGGGGAGAUGUUCGGUGAUAGCGCGCGGGGUCAGAGGUCAGAGGCGCGGUGACGCACAGGGGGAAGGGGCGGGGCUCCGGUUGUUGUGGCGAUUGAGAGGCGGAGCCAGCGGCAGCGCGGGAGGCGGCAGGACAGACCGAGGGGAGCGGGCCCCGAACAUGCACAGCCUGGCCACGGCGGCGCCUGUGCCAACAGCACUAGCCCAAGUGGAUCGAGAGAAAAUUUAUCAGUGGAUUAACGAGCUGUCAAGCCCAGAUACCCGUGAGAAUGCCUUAUUGGAGCUUAGCAAAAAGCGUGAAUCUGUUCCAGACCUUGCACCAAUGCUAUGGCAUUCCUUUGGCACGAUUGCUGCACUUCUACAGGAAAUUGUGAAUAUCUACCCAUCAAUUAACCCACCUACUCUGACCGCACAUCAGUCUAACAGAGUCUGCAAUGCAUUAGCUUUACUGCAGUGUGUUGCAUCACAUCCUGAAACCAGGUCUGCAUUUCUCGCUGCCCACAUUCCUCUGUUCCUCUAUCCCUUCUUGCACACUGUUAGCAAGACUCGACCGUUUGAAUACCUACGACUUACCAGCCUUGGAGUAAUUGGAGCACUUGUCAAGACAGAUGAACAAGAAGUUAUUAAUUUCCUCCUAACCACAGAAAUAAUCCCACUGUGCCUGCGUAUUAUGGAGUCUGGUAGCGAGCUCUCCAAAACAGUUGCUACGUUCAUCCUUCAGAAGAUUUUGCUGGAUGAUACAGGUUUGGCGUAUAUCUGUCAGACCUAUGAAAGGUUUUCUCAUGUUGCUAUGAUUUUGGGUAAAAUGGUGCUGCAGCUUUCUAAGGAGCCAUCCGCCAGGCUACUGAAACAUGUUGUCCGUUGUUACCUUCGCCUGUCUGACAACCCAAGAGCACGAGAGGCAUUGAGACAGUGCCUUCCCGACCAGUUAAAAGAUACCACGUUUGCCCAGGUACUGAAGGAUGAUACCACAACCAAACGCUGGCUGGCACAGCUGGUUAAGAACCUGCAGGAAGGUCAAGUCACUGACCCCAGAGGAAUACCUUUACCUCCUCAGUGACAUCCUGCCCAGGAUGGAGGAGAAUGACAGACGCAACUGUUCUUUCUAGACAGUACAAGUGGGUGACACAAGGAGAGAACAUUUUGAGCUAAGAGAGAUUUCUGAUACUUGGUCCUUAAGCUCACUUGCUUUUUGGUGAUGAUGUUCUUGCAUGGAAUCAAGGAGUAAAUUACCAAAUGCCUGAGAAAGCGAGAGUACAGGUUUUUACACCAGCAAUCCAAAAAUCAGAACUGUAAGCGUAUUGUUUUCUUGUUGACCAAGACUCUGCUGCUUCAGUGUUUUUUGUAAUCCCUCCUGAAUGAUGUUGAGGAGACAGUAGUUGGGUUGUAGUCUUUGUCCAAUGGGCAACUUCUGGCUCCUGACGUUUACAAUAAAGCUAAAAUAGUCAGACCUUACCUGGAGCUGUUUUUGUAUUGUUGAUGGACUGGGCUUGAAACUAAUGAAUCACGUCAUUGUCUGCCUGCUAUUUGCUACAAUAUAUUCAUCCUCUUUUAUUUUGGCUGCAAUUUUUUUUACAUUUUAUUUUAUUAAAUAGGGGAUGAAUUUGAAGCAAGUUAAAUUAUCCUUUUUUUUUAUUAUUAUUAUUAUUAUUUUUUUUUUUUUUUUUUAAACCACCAUGUGUUAAAAAUGGCCUAUAAUCGAAUGAAUAGGCUAAUCUGAUUCCAGGUUCUAAUAAGUUUGUCUUUCUUCAGGAUAUUGAAUAUAUAUACACAUAUAUAUUUCCUGAAUUAUGCAACCAACUUUAAUUUCACCAUGCUGCAGUUUCAUAGAUUAUUAAAAGCACUUACUUGGGGAACCUUAUGUUCUUUAUUUUGGGUUUUUAUGAAAUAUACUUUUUUGGGGGUCUAAAAUGUUUGAUCACUAUAGCCUAUCCCAUGUAGUCUUCUGCCCAUCAACUCACUGACUUUUCUGAUCUACAAACUGUAAUAGGACUACUGCUGUACCGAUGUGAGCUUCAUUUUUUGGCAGAGCAUAUUUUAGUCUGUAGCAGCUGGAGGCCCAGAUAUUUUCUACCCUUAAAUUGCACUAGUAUGUGGAUUUAGAGGAAGGGUACAUCCUCAUGUUCUGCUGGCUCUUUGGCGUUCUAAUUUCUCAGUUUAAACUUCAUGAGUUUUAAAAGUCUGGAAGUCUUGACUUGUACUUAACCUUGCCAUGUUGGGCCAAUCUCUCAAAUAAAAGAAUUGUUUAAGA